GUUGUAUAUAGGAAUUUUCUUGUACUCCGUACCAGUAGUACUGUAUAUUAUUAUACGAUCGCUACCGCCGCGCAACUUUGUGUGUCCAACUCAAUCCAGUCUCUAGACGCGUCCACAUUCCUCCCACUCAACAUGCGCUUCUUCUCCACCGCAGUCGCAGCGCUUUGCGCAGCUGUCGUUGCAGCUCAGAACAACGCCAUCAGCGUCCCUGGAGGCCAAAGCACUCUCGACGUCACAGCUGGUAAGCCUCUUACCAUCGACUGGACCAAUCCCUCGAGCGGAACCGUCACGAUCAAGCUGCAACAAGACCCCAUUACCCCUAAUGGUGGUAUUACACUCGCUUCUGGCGUACCUGCGUCCGAUGGCACCGCGACUCUCGAUAUCCCCCCGGCCAACGAAGUGAACUCCCACCUUUAUACCAUUGAAAUCAUCGACGACACCGAUGCCUCCAACAUCAACUUCUCCCCCAACUUCGGUAUCGAAGGUGCCACCGGCACUGGAGUUGCAUCUGCUUCGACCGCAUCGAGCACCGGCACCGCUAGUACAGGAUCUCUGACGGCUUCUGCCAGCAAUUCUACCAGCACCGCUUCCUCGACCGGCUCAACUGAAUCCUCCGCAGCCACGACCUCGGGCUCGAGCUCAAGUUCUGAAUCGUCGUCAGCAAGCGCAACCUCAUCCUCAUCCUCACGCAGCUCGGCCACAUCGUCAUCUGCCUCUCCCAGCCAGACAACCACUGCUCCAGACUCCAACAGCGGUGCAACUGGCCUCAAAGUGCAAAGCGGUCUCCUCGCCAUGGUCGUCGGAGCCAUUGCAGUCUUGUAAAUGCAACAAUAUUCUCACAUUUUGUCCUUCCAACAUGUCAAAAAUACCCCUGAAUGAUCUCAAGACCAUUAUUCCGAGUCCCAAAAAAAUCCCUUGUUUAUAUAAUGUUUCUUCAGUUCAUUGUACGUCUUGAUCGGUAUGCUGUCACACUUCCUCACUGUACGUGUGCCAGACUUUGCUCCUUCUGUGGAUUCAUUUUUGCACAUGUUUGAUUUCAAUCUCGGGCAGUGUCAACCUCGUAGCAUGACACGGAAAUCGAGGAAGAGGGGGACAUUCUGCGAUAUACGUUGUGGUCUCUUUUUUGUUGCAAGACGCAGCAAUCAGGCUGCUAGAGGCAUAGCGACGGUGGUCUUGUUGGAUCUAUCUCGGUUUUCCUUGGAAUAUCUGUAUUGCAGGCAGCAUAUGUAGGUGAAUAAACUAGCUCCCAUUUCGAGUUG